AUGGAUGCUGGUAAUGUGUUUAAAACUACAGUGGACAUUGCUCUAUUUUGUAUUAUGCUUGCAACAAAUACAAUAGCACAAGGGACAGGGAAGGAUGAACAAAAGAAGCACAUAUUGCCGGUCACAUAUCCCAGUAUGUACGACACUUAUCCCAUGCAGCUUUGCUAUGUUCCCAGCUUCGUGCCGAGGUCGAUCAGUAUUUCCAAAUCGCAGACAGCGGAGAACGUGGCUGAAGAAUUUACACAACCUGACAAUCGGCAGAGGUGUCCAAGCUUUACAUACGGUGGUACACGUCGGGGACGUUUCAAUUGUCGUACUGUCAACAUUGAGAGGUACAUUACAGAACGCGAUCUAUUCUCUAUAGCGGCCCAGCGUACAUCCAAGUGGAAUCGAUAUCACCUAGCGAAUGUUUAUAUUGAUACAUUGCCAGUAAUACGACUGCGGUUGCAAAAUAGAAAAAAAGAAUCGUUACUUGCUAAUGAUAGGAGAGCUCUUUUAAAUAUUGAGAGAACUGGAGAUGGUGGAUGUAUAAUCAGUUUAGACUGCUAUAUAAGGACGCCAGAAUUGCGCGUGAUACAACAAAUUUCGAUAACAAUUGAUGCGGUCGCCGCUAAGCCACUUCAGAUAUGUGAUGGGACAGCAUGCUGCCGCCAUGCCACUGGGCUUCUUAAUGGCAACUAUCACAUGGGUGAAUGUAGUGGCGGGUCAUAUGACAAUAUAAUGACAAAUGGAGUAUUCAAAACGGCACAUCACACAUUGUACGUGGUACAACAUCUUCUUUUGACGCUAAAUGAUGGACGUGAAACGAACUUGUUAUACACUAUAUUAUAUAAUACGGAUCAUAGGACGCUUGUAGCAGCCAAAAGGGAUGUUAUAUGGCAGAAGGGAAGGUUUGCUUUCAGUGAUGAACCUAUGGAACUUUACGACAGACCAAUUACUACUAUUAACCCUGUAAAUGUAUUCUUCCAAAUAACGGAAAGCGGGCAAAUGCCGAGGCUGCACCCACAUCAUUCCGGAGUAAUAAACAUACAAUAUGACGGGUCAUAUGAGGUCCUAGUACUCCCUUUCGGUACACUGGAACGGCCUCUGAAUGUUUUGAAUGAGGUACACUAUAUACUGAAUGGAGUGGAACGCCCAUUGGUGGCACCACACCUCAUGUCGAAAAAUGGUCUCAAUUUGUUGGCUGAAGACUCACCAUCCUACGUGGUUGUUCAGGAUAUAAACAAUGAAAAUCUGGAUAUCCGUGUCGUCUAUGUGGUCAAGGUCCCGGGUAAGUCAACUCCGGAGCCAAUUCGUCUGAGGUUCAAGGUAUCUAAUGGCCAUAUUAAUUUAAUAGCAUCGAUGCGACAGGAUCACGGUAUUCCAAAUAGAUCUACAGUCUGCAUAGAGCCUGUGCCACUCGGUAAAAAGGCACUCUGCAUAGUUCACCGUCUAAUAGUGCCAGGGAUGCCAGAGAAAUACUCUAGACUAUAUACAUUCCUUUACGAUACAGAGAUGCGACAGCUCACGGCUAUUGUACAUGACAUUGGAACCUCCACCGACUAUAAUGAUGUAUUCCUGUCGCCACCAGCUGAAGCCUUUGUCAAGCCGGCAUUAUAUGCCAAUGUGACGAACAUUACGAUUAGCGAAAAGGGCGAAUACCACAUGAAUAAGCCAUUCGCGGGUUAUGUAUCGCAUAAUCAUAUGUCUCUUAAAACACGGGCUAUUGUUAUUCCUAAGGGAAUGGGGAAACUGGACACGAAAUAUACAGAUCGGUUUUUGUUUCAAGACGUCACAAUAUUGUUUUUAUGUAUCGAAGCAGAAGAUGGAACGUCUUUAAUAGACCCCAAUUUAUUACCAGAUCUGCACAUUCAGUCUAGAGUUAAUGAGCACGUUGUACGUAUUACGUACGACAUAGUAUUGCCAGGGACCUCCAAUUCACAACCAAUCACAGUGGAAUUCGUCUGUCGCACUCUGCAAACCAGGAACAAUGUGAAAAGGGUAGAAAUAACACUUUCCAGCAAGUACCAAAGAAUAAAAACGGAUGGAGAUCAGUGUGUCCUAGAUGCGUCAGUUUGGAACGACAGCAACGAAACCUUUGGUGGGAAGUGUCGAGUUGGUACGGGAGAAAAGGGCGCCUAUGUAUUAGUAAGUCGCAUUAUACGAAAUUCAGGCAGUGCGGACCAAGGUGUGCUGUAUAAAUUUCUCUAUGACUGUGAACAUUCGAUUUUGUUCGCCAAGUCAGUACCCGUUGAGCUAGUGAAAGCUGACAAGGGCAAAGCUUGCAGGUGGGUCAGAAAAGCAGACGACAUAAACUAUGACUAUUCUAUUGGUGGGAUUGCAACAGCUUCACAUGAAGUGUCGCCCAUGACGCAGUGA